AUGGUGCUCCAACCUCUCCUCUUGAACCUAUAUUCCGAGUGGGAUGACGAAGAAGAACUCCCAAUAAAACAAAAUCUAGAAGCUCUAGUCAACGGCGAAAUAACCCCAACCGACUUGGCCCUCGACCUCGAUAACCAUAUCGCAUCCAACAACACCCGCCAGCAUGCACAGAUGAUGAAACGCCCCGAGCCGUGGAGAUGCACUCUCACGCCGGAAGAGGAGUCCCGAGGAGUCAGCAUCUACAGGCUCGCGCCGAAUCCAAAGCCAGAAAUCGACACGAUAUAUGAAACAACUGCCCGUCUCUGCGCGGCAUUCCCACCAUAUCAUGCUGGACAGAAUCUGAUUAUUGAGAUUCUGGAGGCAUUGAGAGAUCUUCCCCGGCAUGAGGUUUACUUAUUCUCGAGUCACAAUCCCGAACGGCCGUUUCCCACGAUGACUUUGUGGCCGAUUCAGGGGUGUUUGGCUGGGCCAUUCGAACGCGAAUUACCAGCAUGCUACCCACCCUACCGCUGGCGCAACAUCAACUCCGCCAUGGCGCGCCUAACCACCUUAGGCCUAUUUGACUGCAGCUGGCUCAGUUCCCUCUUCGACAUCCUCCCAUCAAGUGGUGAAUAUCCCGAUUUGGAGAGACGUCCCAUCGACGGACCGAACAAGCUCGGGAACUACAUGCUCGGAGCUGCGCAGUGGGUUAUACGGCCUGAUGAAUGUCGCUAUGUUUACCGGCGAUGCCAGGAAGAGGAGGGUGCGGGUGAGCGGCGUGUACAGUGGAGUAUGGGGCAUUGGAGGGAGUGGAAGAGGCAGUUUGGGUUUGUUGCUGGGGAUGAGCGGUUUGCAGAGAAGUAUCGGGAUCUGGCUAGGCAGGCUUAUCUUCAGAUGACUGCGUGCGAGGAGGGAGGAUAA